AUGGGGCUCCCUGUUACUAUUAAAGUGAAUUUCAGGGGGAAUGUAAAGAGAUUUGUGGCUCCAGAUUUGGACAAGUCAGAAUGGGAGUCGGUGGAAGCCUGGGUAAGUAGCGCUGGCGCAGUUUAGUUAGCCUGGAUUCUUCUAGGCUCGAGCAUAGCAGGCCUAACCAUGGCCUAGCUAGCACAACAUUGGACCACUUGAAUGACAUUUGUCUGCAAAUUAUCUUUCUAACAACAAAUCAAGUUAUUAUUAUAUGUGAUGUUAUCCUGUUAAGCUGAUCCUCAAUCAUCAAGCUUUUUUAAUUGAAUCUGCAGAUAAAAGCAUCAUUUGGAAUAAGCCAUUUUCAAGUGAAAUAUUUUGAUGAGGACAAUGAGGAGGUGAGAUAAGUAUUUUGUACUACUGUGUAUUAUUUCAACGAAUGCAGUGCCAACAUUUCUGAUGUACAACAACAGUAGUAAUAAUAACACACAAGCGAUACAUUAGCUUAUAUUUGUCCUCUUACACACAAGUGUAACUCCCCAGAGAGUGGGGUCACGGCCAGGGUCGCAAUGCAUUGUACAGCGCCCGUGUCUGCUCCGGUAUUAAAAACAGACUACCUGCCUCCCCAACCAGACAACCUGCCUCCCCAAUAUUAACAAUAGUUUAUUAUUUAGUAUACAACUGAAGACAUUAUGUAACACUAAUUGUUUCUGUAUCUCCUUUUUCUUUGUUCCAGGUUUCCAUCAAUAGCCAAGGUAUGCAAAUAAAGUGUUAACUUAAUAGGCUUUCUUUAUUGUGACUGUUAUUAAAGCUUUACAGUUCAUAAUCUUCACCAACACAAACGUAUUCUCUGAUCUGUUUUGCUUGUCUAUGUUUCAGAGGAAUAUGAGGAGGGUGUGAAGGUAUUCAAACUUACAUGUUCUUUCAUGGAUUUCAAUGGCUAAGAAAAUACAUUCUAUGAACCUGCUGUAUGUAAUUACUGAAAGUGCCAGUGGCAUGUGGUGUAUGUAUUUCCUCCAGAGUGCAGAGAAGCAGGGGAACCAGUUGCACAUGAACGUUUACAAGGCGAAGCAGGGUCAGGCUGGCACUGGGCCGGUCAAAACCCAAGAAGUGAAGGAGCUGAAGGGGGACCUCCGGCCAGCCCCUCCGUACCCCUCCAGGGUCAAGACUGUGGACAAAGGCACACAGGUCACCCCCGAGAGAGAUGCUGUAAGAGCACCACACACAGCUUUCAAUGUUGAUGCAAUGUUGAUGCAAUGUUGUCUGAAUGUAAGAAAAGUGUUAUACGUGUCAGGAUGGUGUAUUCGUUCUCUAUAAUUGUUCUCUUCAUGAAAUGUGACAAUGUAAUAAUAAAACUAGAGCUAAGAUUUGAUGAACACACAAUUUGGUUUCAUAGUAUGAAUUUGAUUAAUCCUAAUGAGUUUAAUGUCAAUCAUUUGAUUUUAUAGGUGGUUGUGAAGGACAACAAAGUGACUAAGCCAGAGGAUAAGCUUCCCCCAGCUUGGUUCAGAUCUUACAUGGAAAAAGUAAGUCCAUAUUGAAAUGAUAUUCUUUACUAUUUCUUUAUAUUUCAGAAAUAUGAAGAAAAAAGUCCCUAAAAAUCUACUUUUUUACUUAAGAACCCUUUUCACUGGAUCCCUCUCUCCUGUCAGUUCAAGGAUGAGGUGGUGAAGGAGGUAGUGGAGAGGAUGUGUAAUGACUUCUCUGGCCAGUGCUGCACCCACAAGGCCCCUGACCCUGAUGGGCCCCUCGAGGCCCUUGGAGCAGUGGGCAGAGUCAAUAUCAAAGGCACAAAGGUGAACUCCUCCUCCACCGGCCCCCCUGCCUACUCCUCAUUGGGCUACACUCCAGACUGCAGCAAAUGCAAGAGACCAGCCACUGAUGGAGCUUAUAAGUGCAGGUAAACACAGCACAACAAUAACAGAUCAAUAUUAUUAUGUUACUAAUGAGUAACUCAGAAGUUGAAAUAAUAUAAAAUGUUUAUUUUACUUAUUCCUCAUGAAAUAUGUCACUAUCAAUUAGUAAUAUGGUCCUCUGUAGCUCAGCUGGUAGAGCAUGGCGCUUGUAACGCCAAGGUAGUGGGUUCGAUCCCCGGGACCACCCAUACACAAAAAUGUAUGCACGCAUGACUGUAUGUCGCUUUGGAUAAAAGCGUCUGCUAAAUGGCAUAUUAUUAUUAUUUAUAAUAUAAGUAACCUUGCCCUUACCUUCUAUUUGGUGUCCUGUUUUUCUCCAGUGUGUGUCCGUCCUGCAUCUUAUGUGAGCUGUGUCGACACAGCCACGACCCCAGCCACAACCUGGUGAGAACCAAGACGCCCCUCUCCAUCCCUGAGCAUGGGAUGUCAGGAGAAUUAAGGUUAGUCUGCUGGAUGUAGAAUCCUGCCUUUACUGUGAUGUUGUCUAUGCGUUACUUUACCUAUUUUACUUUCUUGUGUUGUCAGGAGAUGCUCAGCUUUCACACCUCUCUCUCUAUAUUUUGUUUGUACCCAGGUUUCCAAGGCGAGGAGACAGGACCGUGCGCAAGGCUGAGCGUCAGCGCCUCAAAGCCGAGAGGAGGCAGCUCAAAGCCGAGGUGAAGGAGAUUAAGAAGAAGCUGAGGCUGGAGAAGAGGGGCCUCCAAUGGAGCAGCCUAGCCUCUACGUCAGCCAGAUCCAACAUGGCCACCACACAGGCUCCAGCCCUGGCCCCUGCUGCAACCCAGGCCCCAGAACCAGGCCCUUCCCCAGACCCCCAGGCCUCCAGUCCAGAGUAAGCGCCACCCCGGGAGGGCGUCAGAGUGCUGGGUGUUUCUAGGCCCAGCAUGGAGCAAAAAUCAAAUAUUUUCUCAAGAAAUAGCCCAUCUUUGUAAUAGUUGUAAUAGAGUUUAUCGCUGGUGGAUGAUGGAACUACCUCACGUGUGAAUCUGAUGCUGCUGCUUCAUAUAUUUCUAAACAAAAAAUUACUUUGAGCUGCAAAAAGGAUCUUGCUUUUUUGAUGAUUCAUAAAAAAGAGGGAUGGGUCUGAAGCCAGGGCUAUUUUCAACAAUGCUCUGUACACUUGAAACACUAGGGGUCCCGAGGUCUCCUACACCACCUUGGUGCCCACUAUGGCUGCCUUGUUUCUGGAUGAAAAUCUGCCCGACGGGACCCGCCGAGAGCCCGGCACCAAGUUCUUCAAGUAUUGGAAGAUGAAGAACUCGGGCAUCAUCAACUGGACCUCAGAGACCAAGGUACUCCCCAAGCGGACCGAUCUCAGUCCCGAACCCAAAUACUAGAACUAUCUCAAUCCCUAACCGGAAUACUACAACUAUCUCAUUCCAUAACUGGAAUACUACAACUAUCUCAUUCCCUAACCCGAAUACUAGAACUAACCCCACCUAAUUGUAACUAUUGAUUACAUGUGAUUAGUACUUACCCUGUCUGAUUAACCAGACCAGUGCUACAGCCUUUUGUGAAUUCAGUGUAAGUUCUCUGUUUAAGUGUUGGUGUUUUGGUCCAUGGGUUUGUGUCAAUGUAUGUGCGUCUUCUUUGCAUGCCUGUGUCUUUGUGUGUGUGUGUGUGUGUGUGUGUGUGUGUGUGUGUCCUUAGCUGAAGUGCAUGUGGGGUAACCUUGCACUGGCAUCGGAGGAGAAGCACGAGGUGGCCGUGCCCCUGCUGCAGCCGGGCCAGGUGGGCGUGGUCAGUGUGGCCUUCAUUGCCCCGGUGAUGGAGGGCACCUACACCUCCCACUGGCGCCUGUCGCAUUGCGGAGAGCAGUUUGGCCCUCGCGUGUGGUGCAGCAUUGUGGUGGCCCACAGCACCAGCCCACACGCCCACUGUCCUCAGAACAAACGCCUGGCAAGUCAACCACCUCUGUGUCCCAUUCACAUUUGUUUACCCAGUACAUACACUAGUGCAGGGACGGAUUUACUAAGCAAAUUUGAAGCAGGUACAAAGCAAUAAUAUUUACUUAGCUAAUGCAGACACUUUUAUAUAGGGCUGGACUAACGAAGCAUUUACAUCAGGUAAAAUGUUCAGGAAUAAAACUUCAAAAUCCACCACUAUUAGUAUCAUUAUAUCAUCCCAAGCAUUGCUCAUGUUCGUACAUUCUCCUGCACUGUGCUUCAGAAGGAGGAGCCCAGGCCUGUGGUUGUGGAGGGGAUGUCGAGUAGCAGCUCCAGCGACAGUGGUCUGGCCAUGUCUGUAGACUACUGCCACAGAGACUACUACUUCUCCUCUGUAGACCUGCUCACUGCACAGGUGAAGAAAGGCUUAGGUGAAGGCAGUGUAUGUUGGCUUUGCCAUAAAGGUAGACUUGGUAGUAUGACAUCAUCAUACACCAUGGGGCAACUUCAUGCUUUAUUCAAUGACUCAACAAUAUUUGUGCUUUGGUUUUUUGUAUGUUUUUUUUAAUAGGAUCUGUUGUCCUUUGAAUUGCUGGAUAUUAACAUUGUGCAAGAGUUGGAGAAAGUUCCAAACAACACUCCAGUCGGUAAGAAAUAAUGAUACCACCACAAUGCAUGUCAAGAUUAUUUGGUGGGCAUUUUUCUGAUAUUCAGAGAGUUUCAAGACAUAAUGCUUGUGUCAAACUGAGAUGAGUUUAUUUUUGUUUCAUUGGUAGAUCUUCCAGGUAUAUCCCCUCUGCCCCACAAUGGCCCGCUACUGGAGAACCCAGGCCCUGACCUGGUCAAAGACAACACUGAGGUCAACAACCUGCUAGGUAAGACAGAGGGCAGAGGUGAAUGUCGUGGUCUUUCACCAUACUGCUUUAUACAGUAAAUAAGUUAAAACAAUAUAUAUCAAAUUGUGAGAUGUUUUGUUGUGUUAACUAAGGGAUAUGUCAGCUUGAGUAAAAUAAGUUGAGAGAAAAAAGCUUUGAUCACAGUGAUGACCCUGUAUCAGACACAGCCCUAAUCUUUGUAUUGUGUGUUGGGGUCAGGAGUGAAGGGGGAGAACUCGGACCCCCCUGGCCACGAGGAGGGGGACAUCAGCGGGACCCAGUUUGUGUGUGAGACUGUGAUCCGCUCCCUCACCCUCGAGGAGGCUCCUGACCACAAGCCCCCCCGCAGACAUCAGCCCAGCUACUGCAAGCCCAAAGGUGAGGCGGCCAUCUUGUUUAGUUGAAUUUCCCAACAAAAUGGGAAAACAUGCAAACAUCACUAAGUGACAAUGAUAUGAGACUCAGUUGAACAAUAAAUGAUGGUUGUUCUGUGCACUCACUAUCUGUGGUAUUUGUUAUCUGACCGUCAUAACGCCAGGGUUGUGGGUUCGAUUCCCACGGUGAACCAGUAUGAAAAUGUAUGCACUCACUACUGUAAGUCGCUCUGGAUAAGAGUGUCUGCUAAAUAACUAAAUAGUCUAAAUUGAAGUUAAAAACUAAAGUUGUUUUUGAAGCUGUAGCCCCGGGACCCGUCUUUGACUAUGAGAGGAAAGUACUUGACGCAGCAGUAAGAGGGGCAGGACCAGAUGUGCUGAUGAUGGGGGUUAUGAGAGGUCAAGGUUCACCUCCAGGCCUUCCCCAGAUCACACUGUCAGAGGAGGAGACUGUCACAGGUAAGGAACAACUCUUACUGCAGCCUGUCUGCUUCUGUUUACAGACUCGCUAGUAACUUCAAGUCAAAACGCACCAAGUAAUGUUCUCACCUUUUACACAUUGGCAAUUGUAAAUUAGCACAAGCCAUGAUUACGAGACAUAAUCAGAAAGUGGUUGGUUGGUUAAUGGAUAUUUGUUCUCAAUGCAUUGUCCUCAGAGGUGCUUCUGGCUCCAGAGGUUGAAAAUGUGUACAUGGAGCUGUAUGCAAUGAAGGAGGAGGACAAGGAUGACUACAAAGCCAGAAAGGAUGUGAAGGACGAGAAAGCGGAGGAUAAAGAAGAUGAAAAGGAUGAGAACUACGUUGAGAUUGAAGAGGAGGAAGAAGAAGAGACCGCAGACUGGGACGAGGUGAGCAGCCAGAUCUCCACCUUGUCCUCGUCCUCCUGCGAGGACUACAUCAUCGUCCUGCCCGACUGCUUCGACACCAAUCGGCCACUGGGCGAGUCCAUAUGCAGCUCCGCCCUCUCGGAGCCUGUCACUACUGCAGCCGCGGAGCAGGAGGAGGAGCCAGACUCUGAGCCUGAGGAGCUGGACAGAGCCACCCCAGAGGGGGAGAGGCAAGAGGAGGCCGAGGCUGCAGCCACAGUCACGGAGGCCACCAUCCACAGCAGUGUCAACCAGAUGCUGUGUGCCUCCCAGACGCUGGAUGCCGUGCCCCUUACCCCUGAGGUGGUGCCACCGCCCGUCCCUCUCCUGCCCCCACAGGGCAUGUACACACACAGGUGAGAGGGCUCUCUGAUGCAGUAGUAGACUAUCAGCUUAGAUAUUACAGGAGACAAUGAUAUCACGACAGAUGAUAUGUUACUGUUCAAUCACACGUUUGCAGUGUGAUUUAUUGAAGUGAAGUGUGCAAAUUGUUCAGUAUCUGCUGUAGGAGGACUAUCGGAAUCAUACUAUACUCUUGUCCACUGUCCCUUCUCUCUCCGAUCAGUAUAUCAUUAUGUUUGGUGUGUUUUCCAGGUCUGAAGUAGUCCAUGUUGCAGAGCCAACAAGUCAACAAGCGUCUGGACCAGUAGAACCAUGCCAACCAGCGGUCCAUUUCAAUGGUGAGUGUUAGACACACACACAGGGCAGGUUGGAAAAGUGUCUACAAAAAACAGCCUUUUCACUGCAUGAAGCAGACACAACAUGUUUUGGAAGCUCUGAUCACACAGUAAAAUAAUAUGCUAUUAACUAAUGUGACUAGCAAGUCUUGUGUUUGUGCACUCAUGUUUUUGAGGAUGUGUUCACAUCACUGUCUGCGGCUACUGGCCAGAAAGGAAACGUGUCUUUGGAGAGAGGGGAACAGCAAAAUGUAUUGACUGUUCUAAUGGCUCUCUCUCUCUCAUCCAGUAUGUGUUCUCUCUUUUUCCCCCAUCUAUAUUUCAGUAUCUAGUCCAACCAGACCAGCAGACUCAGCCAGUGCCUUGGAGAUGUACAACUCCAGACCCUGCAGCUCCAUGCACCCAAGGUGAAACACCUACACAAUAUUAAAGACCCACUCCAGCCUCCCUAGUACCUCAUUUGUAACUGUAAAUGAUAAAACCGCUAUAAGUAGAAGAUAUUUAAAGACCUUUAUGAUGUGAUAUCAUUGGUGAUAUAACAAUGUGACAUAACAUCUCUUCUUGACACACGUUUUGUGGCAUUUUGGGUCUUGUGAAAGCAUUGCUAGCUCUAAACCACUGGCUCUGGAACAGAUUGUUCCCCAUAGUGGCUGACCACAUCUUUCCUGUUCUAUAGGGACCAAGGCGGUAUCACAGAGGGACUAGUCAAGGGGGUUCUGUCAGUGGCAGCGUCUGCCUACAAGGCUCUCUUCCCUGGACAUAGCUGCUCCACACAGGUAGGUCCCACAUACAGCACAAUACGCCACCUCGUCACACACUGCCAUCAGAUAAACUAGACUAUGAUAAAUGGUUAUAAUAUCAUAAAGAUUAUAGUGAUUAUUACAUACAAUUGUGAUAAAAGUUGCUAAUCUAUUUGAAAGCGCUUUUGGCUCAAAAGACCAAAGUGAUGCAUGUCUUCUUUUACAGUAUUGUAUGUACAGUAUUAUUGUAUAAACCCUGUGCACUUUAACAUGACAAACCAGAACUAACCUUUGACCUGGCUCCCCCACCCCCUUCACCACUGCAGCGUGGUGUGGACCCGGCCAGCCAGGACACCUCCAUGAUGGCCGUGCUGCUGGAGAUGGGCUUCAGGGAUCAGCGGCUCAACCAGUGGCUGCUGAGGAAGCACAAGCACAACCUGCUGCACACUGUCAACGAGCUGGUUGCCAUGGCCGACAACGAAUGGCGUGCCAACACGCACUACUAA